AUAAGGUUAACGCCCACCUUUGGGAAGCGGAAGAUGGAGCCAGCCCUCUUGUUUGUUUCACGGUCUCUUGCCGUAAACUGGAAGAUAUCGUCUGAGCUCCCUAUCGAUGGCACAUCUGCACGCAUCGCGGAUUGUUAUGAACUCUGGAAGCGGUGAGGACAUACGUGCAACGUCAACGCUGGAAAAAUAGCUGCAUUGAAUAUUCAACAGACAUGUGUUGACUCGUCUAACUAUGGCCAUCUGGUAAAAGGCCCCUCCCGUCGCAGUGUCUCUGCUGCCAUGGAGGUAGGCAGCCUCCCCGUGGAGCUGUGGAGGGUUAUCUUGGCUUACCUUCCGCUCCCUGACCUGGGCCGCUGCUGCCAGGUGUGCCGUGCCUGGCGGGAGCUCAUCCUCUCACUGGACAACACCCGCUGGAGACAACUCUGCUUAGGCUUCCCCGAGUGCAGACACCCCAACUGGCCCAGUCAGCCCCACCAGGAGCCCCUGUCUUGGAGAGAAGCCCUGAAGCAGCAUGCCCUGUGCACCCGCACCUGGACUCAAAAUGGACCGGAGCUCCAGUCCUCCGCGUGCCUCCUCUUUUUCCGUCGUCGAAAGGACCGCAGGGUUUGGCACGUGGGGCCCGGAUGUGAGUUUGAGACCCUACGCGGGGCCCUUGGGGUGGUGGGGCCAUAUGACCGUGUGGUUCUCCACCCAGGGGUGUAUGAGGAGCAGGCUGAAGUGGCACUGAAGGUGCCCGUGGAGCUGGUUGGGCUGGGUCGGCUGGGCGAGGUGGCCCUCCUGGUGUGUAUGGAGCAGCAGUGCCCUACUGCCCGGCUGUGUAAUCUGGUCUUCAUGCCACCCUGGUUCUCCACCGUGGUCUACAAGACGUCAUGGGGUCACGUCCAACUGGAUAACUGCAACUUUGAGGGGGCUCAGUUGCAAAUCCGUGGCCCGGGAACCUGCCAGGCUCGCUUCUGCUCCUUCUCACAGGGCAGCUCUGCCCACUUGCUGGGCGUCGUCCUCAGUCUGUUGGACAGCUGUGACUUCUCGGGAAGUGACACGGCCUCUGUGACCAUCGAGGGUCUCCCGGUGUCGGAAAGGAACUGGGCUUGUAAACACUUGGCUGCUCUGGCCAGGACGCUCCCUUCAUGCGGCGCGUCUGGGAUCAAUAGCCCUCCCAGAGGCCCUCUGACUGGCUCCGCUAGCGGGCAUCAAACUCCCAGUGCUAAUGUAAAAAAGGAGCAUGUGAGCAACGAAGACUGGCAGAGGAGGACUGGGGUGGAUGCAGUGUGUCAGGGCACAGUGAUCGAAGAUGGUUGGAGUGAUGGCGACCGCAGCGAGGGAGAGGAGGAGAACCGGGAUGCAGGAGGACCCAACCACAGCAAAAACCCACUUAUAUUGGAUUAUAAAAUCCCCUGUGACCACCAUGGCCUUUCCCAUUUGCUCAAGCUCCGACCAGAUGGCUCCCUGCCACUGGCCUCCUCCCCGGAUCCGCCGUCUGUGACCCCCGUGCCCCUCACCCUUCAGCAGGAACUCGACAGGGACCCGGAGGCUCAGAUGUUGGCGGCCUCCACCCUCGGCUGUAUCCUCAGACGCUGCCUCUUCCGGGAGGGGAAGGGCGGCGUGCAUUUGUCUAAUUACGGGCAGGCUCGGCUGGAGGGCAAUGUUUUCCGUGGGCUGAACUAUGCCGUCCGCUGCAUCCAGAACUCCACAGUGGUGAUGCUGAGAAACGAGGUGUGCGAGUGCCGGGCGUCGGGCGUGUUCCUGCGCCUCUCCUCUCAGGGCCUCAUCGCCGAAAACAACAUCCACUCGAAUGGGGAGGCGGGACUGGACAUCCGAAAAGGGGCCAACCCCAUCAUUGUGUGCAACAAAAUACACAGCGGCCUGCGAUCGGGGGUUGUUGUCCUUGGCAACGGAAAAGGUUCAAUUCGGAGCAACCUGAUCUAUAACAACAAAGAGGCGGGCGUGUAUAUUCUCUUCAGCGGGAAUCCUGUGGUCAGUGGGAAUCACAUCUUCCAGGGCCAGGCGGCGGGCAUCGCUAUAAACGAGAAUGGCAGAGGGAUGAUAACAGAGAAUGUGAUCAAAGAGAACCAGUGGGGGGGUGUGGACAUUCGCAGAGGUGGUGACCCCGUGCUGAGGAACAACCACAUCUCUUACGGCUACUCUGACGGUGUCGUGGUGGGGGAGAGAGGCCGCGGACUUAUUGAGGGAAAUCACGUCUACUGUAACAAAGGCUGCGGUGUGUGGGUUAUGUCAUCCAGCCUCCCGCAGCUCCUGGGGAACUACAUCACCCACAACUGUAUGUACGGGCUGGCGGUGUUCUGCAGGAAAGACCCAGAGAACAUGGAGGCCAGGGAGGGGAACUGGCCAGGACAGGAGGGCGGAGAGGCAGGCAGCAGGGAAAGAAGAGGGGUGGAGGGAGAAGGGAGAGAAGGGCAGGAGAACCUGAAUGAAGAGGGGGAACUGUUCGCAUGGGAGAGCGAUCUGGACAGCGAGGACGAGCGCCACUCUGCCCGCCGCUCCAUCAGCGUGGCCCUGGUGGAGAGCAACUGCAUGAGCUACAAUGGAGCGGUGGGUCUGUAUGUGAAGAGCAGCGAGCCCCUGAAUGUUUUCGCCAAUCUCGUUAACAGCAACCGCGGCACCGGCGUCGCCGUGCUGCAGAGCAGCCAACUGACCCGGCUGGUGACAAACUGCAUCCUCCAAAACGGCCACGGUGGCGUCACGGUGGAGAAAGACUGCCGAGCGGAGCUCCGUGGCAACGGCGUCUAUAAAAACAGUGGCCACGGUGUCAGUUUCUGCGGUAACGGGCAGAUUGUGGAGAAUGACGUCGUUGGGAACCGUGGAUACGGGAUCCAGGUGUCUGGCAGCGCUGACAUCAAGGUAUUGCGCAACCGUGUCCAGCCAGCACAGGGCUGUGGCGUUGCUGUGCUCGGGCCGGUGAAAGGUGUCGUCCAUGACAAUCUCUUAUUCCAGGGCCACCCGGGAAACAAGAAGCCGCUGCUACAUAUGGAUCCUGGCAAUGAGAGCUGUGUGUUGCGCAACAACAGUGUUCUAAGGCAUAAUAACAGCAGUACAUCUGCUCCUCUCUGGGUUCUGGAAAACCCUCCAGCUCGUCCGUUGGCCAGCUCCCCGUCUGGCCUGUCCUCGUCCCAGUGUCCCUCCAGACUGGGAAUGUCCAUGACGACCCGGAUCAGUGCCACUGUGGAGAGUAGUUGCCACAGUGGCAGCAUGUUCUGCUCCAUCCUGUGAACGCUGGCAAGCACUCAGAAACCACUCGGACUGACAGAGGUCAGCGUCUUCUCACUUCUGAACUGGUGUGUGUGUAUAUACACUGAACAUUUGGAGCGCUCUGACCUUCCUCCUCGGAGAAGACCUUCCAAAAUGAUGCCCUCUUGUUAGAGGUCUAUUAACUGCUCCCAGUCUAACCACUAAAGGGGCCUUCCCCCUUCCAGUACUUUAGGGUGCCACAACCUUUUGUAAAUCUGAAACCAGACUUUCGUAACUUUAUGAUCAAAUGGUCAGUGCACUCAACAAAAUGUUGGCUAAUGAAGUGGAGCUGGAGUUCAAAGCAUCGUCGUCACCCUACAUCUUUUCCAUACUGAAGCUUUAACUUAAUCGUGUGGUUUUUACGUUCACAUAUUCAUGUGCAGACCUGCUGUAGACUUCGUUGGUUCCGUCACGUUUGCUUCCGAGACUCGCUGGUUGGGAAGAGCACAUUUUUUUAAAUCCGAGGAGUCUCGGGCUUCAGAGAUGUCAGCUCCAACCACGCUACAAAACAAAGCUGUGCCUUGUUGGAUUUUUGUUUAUUUUAUUCAAUGAUUGUAGCUGAGGGAGGGAGUGUUCAUAGUGUGGGGGGAAAAAAAAAAAAAAAAAAAAGGCCACACUUCUGCUUGCACAGAUCCAUACCCUGGUGAGUCUGCGUUUUGUGCAACCACACACACUCAUCUGGUGAUAGCCAGUUAUAGAGGGAAAUGGAUAUUAGGUGUGCAAUAUGUGCUUUUGUCAAAUGUGCCUCUGUUUUUACCGUCGACGCCGGAUGUUCUCCGUCAUCCCUAAUGUGUCCGCUUUUUUGUAUCUUGCACAGUAAGCAAUAAGUAGCGAUAUCAUGUACAACUCAAAGUUCACCACUUUAUUUGUCUACAAAACGCAUUAAUAAACACUUCUUGUUUGUGGCAUUUCCAA